UUCACUCCACAAUUAACAUUAAUAAUCAUUCACAAUCGAAUUUGCACACUGAAAUAACACCGACAAAUUCCCAAUUGUGAAAUCACAUUAACAAAAAUAUGUCCAUCUGUAAUUCAUCAUCAUCAUCAUCUAGCUCAACAAAAUUAUGGAUUCUUCACGGCUUAGCUGUUGGAGCUGCAUUAGCCGUAGCUAUCGGCGCUAAAGCUUACCUUAGCCGAUCCAACAAGUUUCGGAGUCGGGUCAUAGGUAUUAUACCCGCCCGUUUUGCUUCAACCCGGUUUCAAGGCAAACCACUUGUUCAAAUCCUUGGUAAACCCAUGAUCCAGAGAACAUGGGAAAGGGCAAAGCUUGCUGAGACAUUGGAUGAAGUUGUUGUGGCAACAGACGAUGAAAAGAUAGCUGAAUGCUGUCGGGGUUUUGGUGCUGAAGUGAUAAUGACUGCUGAAUCAUGUAGAAAUGGAACUGAGCGUUGUAAUGAAGCUCUUCAAAAGCUUGCUAAGAAGUAUGACAUUGUUGUUAAUAUACAAGGAGAUGAACCUCUUAUUGAACCUGAAAUAAUAGAUGGCAUCGUCAAAGCCCUGCAGGCUGCACCAGAUGCAGUCUUUAGCACUGCAGUAACGUCCUUGAAACCUGAGGAUGCAUUUGAUCCAAAUCGUGUAAAAUGUGUGGUUGACAAUCGUGGUUAUGCAAUAUAUUUUUCACGAGGGCUUAUUCCUUAUAACAAGUCAGGCAAGGUUAAUCCUCAGUUUCCUUACUUGCUGCACCUUGGGAUCCAGAGUUAUGAUACAAAGUUCCUGAAAAUAUAUCCCGAGCUAACACCAACACCAUUGCAACUAGAAGAAGAUCUUGAACAGCUAAAGGUCCUUGAGAAUGGAUACAAAAUGAAGGUGAUAAAAGUUGACCACGAGGCUCACGGUGUUGACACACCAGAAGAUGUAGAGAAGAUAGAGCGGUUCAUGCGUGAGAGGAAUUUGGCUUAGAGCAAAAUGAGUUAUUUUGAUGACUUACAUGACUCCUAUAGCUGUAAAGGUGGAGUUCUUUGGUUUCAAUUUGCACUUGGAUUAACACGUCAAUUAUCUUUCAGAGUUAAAAUUUGUGAAGAAAAAAGAAAUAGGAACUUGCUGUAUAAUCCUGCAAAUAGUUCAUAUUUUAGAGUUUUGGUGUAUGUUUCACUUACGUAUCCCUUGUUGUGGCAAAGGUUGUGUAUUCUUAAUUCUUUCAUACUUUGUAGUUAAUUAAUGUGUAUUAGUUAACUAUGGUUUAGUGAUAACCAUAUUUGUGAAGAGACGUGUCAUGUAUUUAUUGGUUGGUGUAAACACCGGUGCGGAUAAGUAUUUACUCCUAUAUGUGUAUGUUGAUCAGUUUGAUA